UGACUCGCACAAAACUACACCACAAAUUAAUCCCGACUAGAGCCCAAGUUUUUAAACUCUAGCCGGGUGCAGUAUAGAGCAAGUAUUUAAAUUGUCAAUCCGGGCCGGUCCAUGUACCCCUACUUCAAUCGCUUAAGUUGUUAUCUAGCAAAACAGUUUUGGAUUUUAAAACUAAGAAAACUAUAAACUAAACUAGCAGGGAAAAGUCUAGCUAAGGGAGCUUCACCCAGGAGUUGCUUCCCCCUAAUUAGCUACCAAGACUCGUUGGAUUGGAACGAUUGCAAUGGGCAAGGUAACUGCGAACCGCAUAGGGAUGCAUAUAUGGUUGUACACCAUAAUCUCAAUUGCUAAACCGAGGUGAACAUUAUAGGUCGUGUCACUCGGCCCUCCCGCGUUUAAUCGCGCUUAAUUCAAUGGUUGGACGGCUUAAUCGUGCUUAACCAAUUUGCUUAAUUCAACAUUGAGGUUUUCCCUAAAUUUACCUAUUUAGGUGGCUUAAAAAAGCUAAAGGAAAACCAACUCGAUUGAGUCUCCCAUGGAAGGGGGAUUUUCCUCUCUAAGCUAGGUUAAAGUGCCUAAUUAGAUUGCAAAGCACCAACAUGCACAAACCUAAGGAUGCUAAGCACAAUUAUUUACAAUCCUUAGGUUGCUAAGCACCAAAAUGCACAAACCUAAGGAUGCUAAGCACAAAACAUGCACAACCCUUAGAUUGCUAAGCACAAGCAUGCACAAUCAACAUGAAUAAUACCUUAAUCAUUGAAUUAAACAAUAUCAAAUGACAAUCAUUCAAUCUAAACAAGAAAUUACAAAGUAUUAGUUAGGGAUCUACAACACCCAAGAGAACAGAGUGAGUGUCUAGAGAGAGAGGGGAGAUUACAAAGAAACCUCCAUAUCUUCUUCUUCUGCUUCUUCUUCUUCUAGGCUUGAUUCCUAGCUUCCAAACUUGAUCAAUUCCUUCAAUUAAACUCCAAGAUCACUCCCUCUCUCACUAGAACUCCCCUUUGGUGCUUUGGGUUGAAACCCUAGAGAAAGAAAGUGUUCCUUUUCCAUAAUUCAGCUCCCCCCUCUCUCUACGCUGUUGUCUUCAUAUUUGCCCGAAAGUGACUAGUUCACGGAUGCGUUGGCCAGUUCACGGCCGUGAACACCUAAACGCGUUCGUGAACUCAGUGUUGUCCAAAACCGCUUCACUCUCCUGGGUUCACUGUCAAUGGCCCCAUUUCACGGUCUUAGAGACCGUGAACUCGUCUGGCGUCAGUAACUUCGGAUUUGGCCCUGGACGCCUUGAUGUUCACGAUUUGUGGUCCAUGUUCACGGUCUUAGGAGACCGUGAACUGCGGCUGUUUCCUAGACGCCUUCACUUCACUAUUACGGGGCAAUUGUCACGGUCUGUAGACUUUUCUUCUGUUUUUGCGCUUUUUGACCUCCAAUUAUCCCAAAAUUCGACCUCGACCCUUCCACACGUGCUAGGACCUGAAACGUAUCAAAACAAGCACAACUUAGCGUGAAAUAUAUCGAGGAACAAUGAAAUAGUAAGCUAAAUGAAUAAGAAAUGAGGGGUAAAAUGUGUACAUUUGGGCCCGAAUCAAAUUGUAAAAUCGUAUCGAAGGUUGUACAAAAAAGUAAAUAAUAGGAUUAUUUGUGUAUAAAUCGUGUUUUAAAAGAAAAAUAAUUAAUAACUGCUAGAACUUUUUUAAAAGAAAAAUAAUUGAAAAAGGGGUAGAUUAGUCAUUUCAAGUCUUUUUUUAACUGACAUUUGAUAAUUCCUAACAACUUGGGGCUUUUCGAGUUGAGUGAGUGCAGUCAAAAUCGUUGUCAUCCUCAUAUGAUGAGCAGUGAGGUGUCAUUGAAGUGAUGGCAAAAGGAAUUGGCCAAUCAUACAGCCGUAGAAGAAGCCUCCACCGUCAGGAGCUCGGGAAAGGGGAAAAAGAAAAUCAAAUAGAACAUAAUUAAUAAUUGCUACAACUUUUUUAAAAGAAAAAUAAUUGAGAAAGGGGUAGAUUAGUCAUUUCAAGUAUUAAUAACUGUCAUUUUAUAGAAAUUCUAAUAGAAAGAUAUGUUUUUUGCUAUGUUUUGAAAGAUAAAGAGUGCAAAUGAAAAAAAUAAUAGAAGAUUACGUUGUUAACUUGCAAUAAUAAAAGGAUACAACAUUCUAUUAAUCCUAUAAAAAUUAGAUGAAAAUGUGAACAGGGGAAAAUUAAAUAACAAAAAUUCAUCUCGCGAGCAAUUGCCAACAACCAUUCGUCCCCCGCCACAUACACAGGUAACAACCAACGACAAACCGAAUUAGAAUAAAAUUUUCAAAUUUACAACACUCAGGUGGGCCAGCUAAUUUUUACUCUCUCUCAUGUGUCUCUCUCUCUAACGGUUACUUUCUCUGAGCUUCCUAAUGUUCUGUUUCCCGUCUCGUUUGAUGAGACUUCUCCCGAUCUUGAUGAGCAAAUUCUGAUCUAUCUCAACAGGGGUAGAUCUCCUCUUAUCCCUAGCCCCUAACCCUUCGCAUAUAGUGAAUUUAAUGAGGGAAAAUGACUCGGCAUAAUCUCAAAUUCCAGCGAAUCCAAUGCUAAGCAAGGGGGCUAUAUUCUUGGGAAGGUAAGAAAAAAAAUACAAAGGAAGCCUCCAUAUGGGAUAGGAAGGUCCCAUGGCAGGGUACAAGCAGGGGAGAGGUAGAAGAAAGGGGAAUAAAAAUGGUCAGAGUAUCUAUUAUGGAAGAUUUGGCGGAAGGGGCAGAUCUGUCUCCGCCGAACAUCGACCAAGUGUAGUGGCUGAAUUAAAAGUACAAAGCACCCUUUUGCCCAGGAAUAUCUUUAAAGAUGAUGGAAUGGGUGAUAUGAAGAAUAUCUACCAUAACAAUGUGGGAGUUUUCAUAAUCGGGCCGCUCAAUUAGUACGAUAUUGACGGCCAAGCCCGCACGAUUUUACUCUUGGGUAUCCUCCCCAAAAGGCCUCGUACUAAUUGGGGUAGGUGGACACUAAUAUACAAGGUUUCCUUCUCUUGUACAACCGAUGUGGUACUUGGAUUGUCCCAUAACAAUCCUCCCCUCAAGACAAGGACCACAAACUUCGUGUCCUCACCUCAGGGAUUAUCUUGAUCCGCCAGACGCCUUAUAUCGAUGGGCUUCUCGGUACAAGGACUUUACCAAACGCAGAACUCUCUUUGAUCCGCUAAAUCAGAUGUAGCCUAGAUGUGGAUCUCUCCUGGAUCCACCAAACAUAUGCAGAUCUCAAAUCCUGAGGCCACUGAAUGAGGGUACACCAAACUGACGUCCACCGCCCCGAACCAGACUCUGAUACCACUUGUAAUAAUCGGGUCGCUCAAUU